AUGAGCUCCCUGGCUUUGAGCAUAGUCCUCUGGACCUAUCCCGUCUCCUUUUGCCUAGUCGCCCUUGUGGCCAACUGCUACGAGGUUCUGUACAAGCCGAACGAACCCGCAGGCAAAGUCAACAGUCGGCGCUUGGCGAAGGCAGACAAGACAUUGUUCCUGCUUCAUAUCAGCCUCGUCAUUCUUCUAGCAGUCAACACCUAUUUGGCCGGAUAUGGGACGCUCAAGGGGGCAAGCGGGCCAUUGUUUGCCAACGAGGCGUACCUGGGCUCCAUGCUCUCUGUACUCUUGGUCUUCUGCAGCACGCUUCUCCCCGACCCGGAUAUCCCGUACUCGCCGAGUCGACCCAACCUCCAAACAUGGGUGCUGAGUACCUCGUACGAAGUAGCCAUCCUGCUCAUGUGCCUGACCGCACCCUUGGACUCGGAUAUAAGAAGACAGACCGCGCUGGCCGUGACAUGCGAAGCGCUGGGGGCCGCCCGCGUCGUGGUGCUGGGCGCAAUGUCUGCGCUCUUCCUGCUCAGUCGACGCAGAGUCGACGACGACGACGAGCGCGAAUCACUGCUCAGCCAAGAACAAAGCGUGCAACACUAUGGUUCUGCGGCGGCGGCGGCCAACCCUCGUUCGAAGGAUGCACAGACAGUAUCCGCCUUCGACUACCUGGCCGGAUUCCGGGACCUCCUUCCAUAUCUUUGGCCGUCGGACUCACGCCUGCUGCAGGCCCGCGCGGUGUUUUGUUUCGGCCUUCUGGCGGCACAACGCGUCGUCAACAUCAUGGUACCGCACCAACUGGGCAUUGUAGUCGACCACCUCGGAAAGGGCAAGCUACCGCUCAAAGAGAUCUCCAUGUACGUCAUCUACCGCGGACUGCAGGGCCAACAGGGCGUCAUCGGCUCGCUGCGGGCCAUCCUCUGGAUCCCCAUCAGCCAGUCCGCCUACCGUCGCCUCACGACUGCCGCAUUUGAGCACGUCAUGAAGCUCUCGCUGGACUUUCAUCUGAGCAAGCGCAUUGGCGAAGUCAUCAGCGCGCUCAGCAAGGGCAGCGCCAUCAACACCUUCCUCGAUGGCCUGAUCUUCCAGCUCUUCCCCAUGGUGUUUGACCUGUUCAUCGCGGCUCUGUACUUCUUCAUUGCGCUGGAUGCCUUCUACGCCAUCAUCGUCGUCUCGGUCAUGUGGUUCUAUCUGUUCAUCACCAUCUACAUGGCCAAAUACCGCGGACGGGCGAGGCGAGAAGCCGCAACGAGGGACCGCGAAAUGGAAGCUGCCAAGACGGAUGCCAUCAUGUCGUACGAAACCGUGCACCACAACAGCGCUCUUCCCCUCGAGCUUUCCAGAUUCCAACGCCUCGUGAAGCGCUUCCAGACGGCCGAGUAUUCCGUCUUCUUCUCCCUCAACAUGCUGAACGCGGUGCAGAACUUCAUCUUCGUGCUCAGCGUCCUGCUGACCUGUCUCCUGGCGGCCUUCCAGAUCUCCGAAGGCAUGCACAAGGUCGCCAUGUUCGUCACAGUGCUCACGUACCUCGCCCAGCUCCAGGCGCCCCUCAACUUCUUCGGAAGCUUCUACACGCAGGUCCAGAACAACAUGGUCGACGCCGAGCGUAUGCUCGCCCUCUACAAAAUCGCGCCAUCAGUCGAGGACCGGCCACACGCCCAGCCCAUGGACGCAUGCGACGGGCGGAUCGCGUUCGAGCACGUCGACUUCGCGUACGACAAGCGCAAGCCGGCGCUGGUGGACGUGUCGUUCGAGAUCGCGCCGGGCACGACGACGGCGAUCGUGGGCGAGAGCGGCAGCGGCAAGUCGACGAUCCUGAAGCUGCUGUUCCGGUUCUACGAGAUCGACGGCGGCAGCGUCGCCGUCGACGGCGUCGACGUGCGCGACGUCUCCAUGGCCACGCUGCGCACCCACUUCGGCGUCGUGCCGCAGGACACGAUCCUCUUCAACGAGAGCAUCCGGUACAACCUCACGUACUCGAAGCCCGACGCCUCGUUCGAGGAGGUGCAGGAGGCGUGCAGGGUCGCGAGCAUCCAUGACAAGAUUAUGAACUUCCCGGAUGGGUAUGACACUGGCGUCGGCGAGCGAGGGCUCCGGCUUUCUGGUGGCGAGAAGCAGCGGAUUGCUAUUGCGCGCGCGGUGCUCAAGCGCCCGCAGAUCAUGCUGCUGGACGAGGCGACGGCAUCGCUGGACUCGCAGACGGAGCGUUUGAUCCAGGACGCCUUGAAGAGCGCGUGCAAGGGACGGACGACCAUCGCCAUCGCGCAUCGGCUGUCAACAAUCACCGAAGCGGAUCAAAUCAUCGUCAUGCAUCAAGGCCGCAUUGUGGAGAGGGGAACGCAUGAGGAGUUGCUUGAACUCAGGGGCAGAUACAGCUCGAUGUGGGAGAAGCAGACAAAGGCCGCUCCGGCUUCAGAGGAGAGCAAGAAGGAGUUAUAA